AUGCGUCCUCGAUCGCGUCAGGGGCACCUGCCGGACUAUGUCCUAGUCCCGAAGCGAGACCUGUGGGACGUGCUGGUGACAAAGACGAUUCCGGAUGCUGACGGGUGGACCGACUAUCGUCCCGUCAUCUCGAAGAUGCGGAUUCGUCUACAACCUCACCGGAGACCUCAAGCUAAUCGACUCCCAGGUAAGCUGAAUAUUGCCUUUCUGUUUUUGCCUGCUCACCAUCUUCAUUUCAGCAAUGAGCUAGGUCGAUGGCUAGGCAACCUUCCAGUUGUUGCAGUUGCCGCCGCCUCCGCCGCUGACGAGAACGCCUCCAUGGAGAACCGAUGGAGUCAACUGCGGGGCACGGUCAAGUCGACGGCCCUAGUCGUCCUCGGUCGCGCACCCCGCCAACACCAGGACUGGUUCGACGGAAACGACGACGCCAUCAGCAACCUGCUCACCGAGAAGAAUCGCCUACACAAAGCCUACGUAGACCACCCCACCGACGACAUCAGAGCUGCUUUCUUUCUCAGUCGUCGCCUUGUACAACAGCGGCUGCGCGAGGAUCAGGAUGCCUGGACGGCUCACAAGGCUGGGGAGAUCCAAGGGUACGUGGACCACAACGAAUGGAAAAACUACUUCUCCGCGAUCAAAGCUGUCUACGGUCCGCCGACGAAGGGCACUGCUCCUCUACUCAGCGCCGACGGCAGUACCAUCCUGACUGAGAAGACACAAAUCCUACAGCGAUGGGUCGAGCAGUUCCAAGGCGUCCUCCGCUGCCCCUCCAACACCUCCGACGCCGCCAUCGCCCGUCUGCCACAAGUGAAGACCAACGUGGAUCUCGAUCUCCCACCCUCUCUCCAAGAAACCAUCAGGGACGUGCAGCAGCUCUCCAGCAGGAAAACACCCGAAUCUGACGCGAUACCUGCAGAGGUUUAA